AUGGCUGAUGUCGCAGUGAUAUCCACGAAUGAGGCCCCGAGAAGGAAGGCUAGAGGGCGAAGGGCGGCGCUGAAGGAUCUGUCGACCAACGAGAUAUCCGCCGAUAAGUCCGCCGCUGCGUCACUGGAGCCCUCGAGCGGGGCUAAGAAGGGGAGUAAUGGGGUUGGCCUCUCCGUCGUACUAUCCCCCAAGAAAUCCAGAGCCGUCAGGAAGACGAAAGCUGUUGUGGCUGCACCUGCGGGGAAUUCCUUCGCCGACGAUCUGGAAGAGCUGCAGGCGAGGCUCAACCAGCUCCGGCUCGAGAAGGAGAAGGCCGAGGAGAUGCUCAAGGAGAAGGACGAGAUGCUGAAGCAGAAGGAGGAGGAGCAGGAGAAGCUCCAGAAGGAGUUCAAGAAGCUGCAGAAAGUAAAAGAGUUCAAACCGAAUAUGGUUCGAUCUCCUCCCUUCCACUCAUUCUCCUUAGUUCUGUAACUAGGCUUCCGAAAUAUACUGAUCUCUCUUUGCUCGUUGCAGAGUUUUCCCGUUUUGCAGUCCCUCAAGGACAAGGAACAGGAGACGAAGGAAACGAAGAAGAAAAACAAGGACCUCCCAGAGAAGAAGAAGCCAUCCCCCGCCUAUGUCCUCUGGUGUAAAGACCAGUGGAAUGAGGUAUUAACGCUUUCCAGUUUUAUGUGGGAUAGUUCACAUGAACUAGCAAGAAAGCUUAUGAAACUUCUAUCUCUGCAGGUCAAGAAGGGGAGGCCAGAAGCAGAAUUCAAGGAAAUAUCGAACAUAUUAGGAGCAAGAUGGAAAUGUCUGAGCGCGGAGGAGAAGAAACCAUAUGAAGAGAGAUACCAGCGAGACAAAGAAGCCUACCUUCAGGUCGUUGGGCAGGAGAAAAGAGAGAAUGAAGCGAUGAAGCUUCUCGAAGAGGAGCAGAUGCAGAAGACAGCCAUGGAACUGCUGGAGCAGUAUCUUCAGUUCAAACAGGUUUGUCGGAGGUACCGACAAAGAUCCUUUUCUGAAGCCCUUAUCCUUGACCAUCAUUCUAAUAUUUGACGUCACCUUGGUGCAGGAAACUAAGAAGGAGAACAAGAAGAAGAGGUAUUGUGAGAAUCGUUUGGAGGAUUUUGACAUCUCUCUCUCUCUCUCUCUCUCUCUCUCUCAUUACGCUUUUCUCAGUUAAUGUCGAUUACUAUAACAUUAUGCCUCCACUGCAGAAAGGAGAAAGAUCCCUUAAGACCAAAGAAGCCCAUGCCCGCUUUCUUCCUGUUCUCCAAUGAGCGCCGAGCAGCGCUGCAUCACGAAAACAAGAGCGUUCUCGAGGUAACCCAAUUUUUUUCUCUCACCUCUCUCUCUUUCUCUCUAUCUCCCUCUCAACUCUGGUGUUUCAUCAUGUGAUUAUUUGUUUCUAUUGUCUUUAUCAGAUAGCCAAGAUAACGGGAGAGGAGUGGAAGAGCAUGCCUGCUGAGAGAAGGCUGCCAUAUGAAGAGAAGGCAAGGAAGGAGAAAGAAGAGUACACCCAGCGGAUGGAGCUGUAUACAAAUAGGAAAGCCGAGGUAGUUACUGAUCGUUGAAUAUAUUUACAUCUGAAUCAGUAACGUUAAGAAUGUAAUUUAAUGGGUGAAACUUUUUCGAAAUUAUUUAGGAGGCUGUAAACCAGAAAAAGGAAGAAGAAGAGCAUCAGAAAGUCAUGAAGCACGAAGCUCUUCAAUUGCUUAAGAAGAAGGAAAAAACAGAGAACAUAAUCAAGGUUCAUACAUAGCUGCACAGCCAUCUUCCAUACCAAAUCAUCCGUCAUAUCUUCUUACUCAUUUCUGUUUGAUCUCGGGAGAGCAGAAGGCCAAGGAAACCCGUAAGAAGCAGAAGGAUACGAAGAGCUCAGAUCCGAACAAACCCAAGAAGCCUGCAUCUUCUUUCCUCCUUUUCAGGUGAGAAAUUACCUCAAUAUUUUUUGGUCCUAAAAUAGGAAGAGUCGGACCUCAAAACCUUUAGCAUGCUUUCCCGGAUGCAGCAAGGAUGCAAGGAAUUCCCUCCAGCAGGAGAGGCCUGGCAUCGACAACUCUACUCUCACUGCUCUCAUUUCAGUGAAAUGGAAGGUAUAACCUGUGGUUCUCUCUCUCUCUCUCUCUCUCUCUCUCUCUCUCUCUCUCUCUCUCUCUCUCUCUCGCUAUCACUUGCCUAAAUCUAUCGUUUGAUCAGGACUUGAAUGAGACAGAGAGGCAGGUCUGGAAUGACAAGGCAGCGGAGGCCAUGUCUGUGUACAAGAAAGAGGUGAAAGAGUACAUGGACAAAGCAGCUGCUGCGGCAGAGAAAAAGGAUUCAGCUGUGUGA